AUGUCCGCCCAAAUAAUCCACCCUCCUACCGAGAGCUUCCCUUUUCCCGACACCGCAACCUCCAGCUCCUUUGCCUCGUUACCGACCGUUGCGCUGACCCCGGGUUUCUUCUCGCUUCCCUCGCUAGCAAACGAGCCGUGGCCACCGUCAAACUGCCCCCCGACGCCUCCUGCCCUGCCUUCAUGGGCUGUCAAACCCGACCCUGACCAGCAGCAACUCUGCAUCGACCCGGCUCUCCAACCCGAUCAUCAUUAUCAUCAGCAGAAGCAGUCCCAAAGAUCCCAACGAUCUAGAAAAUCCUCCACCCCCUCGUCCUCCUCCGACAUCCCAACCACCAACAACACAAAACGCGAGCAAUUCCUCGCCCGCAACCGCCUCGCCGCAAGCAAAUGCCGCCAAAAGAAGCGCAAACACAACAAAGAACUAGAAAGCCAAUACGAAGCCGUCGCGCAGCGCAAGAAACAGCUCCAGACAGAAGCAGACCAUCUGCGGAGCCAGGUGCUCCAGCUCAAAGACGAAUUGCUGCGCCAUUCGCAGUGCAACGACGACUCGAUCAAGGGGCAUUUGGCGAAGAUGGUGAAUCAGGUCACCAGGAAGAGUUCGACGUUUAUUGACGUGAAUAGUCUUUUGACGACGGAUGCGGAGGGGAGUUCGGAGGUGAGGGGGGGUAGUAGUGGGGAUGGUAGUUCUGCUGAUACUCCUCAUACUACCCCUCCUACUGUUGUUGGGGGUGCUGGUAUCACGGCGGAUAGUCCGCUGCUGCAGGAAGUUCUGGAGAGAGAGCGUCGACAGUCCGGACGAUGGGCCUUUCCUAUUAGCUAUACGGGCAGUGGACCUGGUCACAGAACGGAGGUGGAUUUUGAUGAUUUGAUUAAUUUUGGUUGA